CUCGUGACGGUACUUUAUACGCACAAACCAAGCACAUCCAAGCGAAUUGUGUAUAUCUGUCUCUCUCUCUCUCGCACUCACUCGCUUAGCUCUCGUUCACUUGGUAUAGCUCAUUCUCCUCUUGAAGCCAGCCACCAGACAAAAGUCGUCUGGAAUUUUUCAAAGGCCACCCAAACGUUUCAUAUUAAGGACCGAACGCAUAUAAAACCGUUAUAUAUUCUAGACUAUAGAUAGAAGAAUUCAAAAUAUUUAACUGUGAAUAAUUUUGGAGUCACACAAAAAGAACCCCAACCAAAGGACCUCACAUUUAUGAGGUCCUUCGAGAACAAAAAAACGCAUAGGUAAAGACCAAAAUCAUAAACAAACAUAAGCUAGUUGUGUGAUUUUGUUAAAGGAAUAUCUUUCCCAUACCAAAAAAGGGCUAAAAGGAUAACAACAUAACUAUAGAGAAGGAGCUUCCUAUAUCUGCCCUUGUCCCGAGCUCGAGCUCAAGCCCUGUGCCCUGUGUCCUGUGCCCCGUGGCCAUUCCUUGAAGAAGGAUAUUUUCUUCUUUGUUGUGUUCUUGUGCAGUGAAGACAAAGUGUUAACAUUCCUUCUUGUACUUGCUCCAGAUACCGCAGAUAGUUUGGGACGUCGUAUCGUACCGUAUUUUUUUUUUGAAUAUCCUUUUUCCUUUUUGGUUGGCUCUUCUGUGUUCAUUCGUCCUUAAGAAGAUGACGGCAUUUAAAAUUGUUAUAUGAAAAAGUGUUCGGUACCCAUUUCACUAUGUUUUUGGCGUCGUCCUUGAGCGCGAGUGAUAAUAUCUCGAAUGUGUUCUAUAUUAAGUUAAGUGGAGUGAUGUGAAACCAACAACAACAACAAGAAAAAAAUUACAGUCAAAACCGACCAAGAGAAAAAUUAAUUUUGAAAGAUAAGAAAUAAUGAAAAUACACAACAAGAAAAAGUGAAAUAAAAUAAAAAUAAUAUCCUGUUGAGCAAUAAGAGUGUCCUUGACGCGCAAAUUAAUUACUUCUUGGAUUAAUUAUCAUCAGAAUGAGCGGGUUGAAUAUUACAAAUGGAUUUCUAUAAAUGAUUGUACUCUCUCUACAUUUUCCAGUAUAAAUUCGAAUCAACAAUAAUAGACUGGGGAUGAGAAAAUUACAUAGAAAUAAAUUCAAUCAAAAUGCAGAAACACGAAAAAAGGCGCGACCUGCGUCUGAAGAGAUUUUGGCGUUCGCCAAAAACCACGUCAUCGGAAGACUCGAACGGAUAUGAGAGUCCAACUAGAGUGAAAACGUCAAUUGAUCCACAACGUUUUAAUCAUCAUUGUAAUCAUUUGCUACAACAAAAUAAACCAACAUGUUCGUUGCCAUUGUUGCAGGUGUGGCCAAGUCAGGACUCACCUCGUGGAGAAGCCGACGGACAAAGCUUCAUAUUUCCGGUCAUCAACGAAACAUCAACCACAACAACGGCAGCUGUAACAACGACAGCAGCAGGUGGCAGCGGCAGCAAUCGGACAACGCCACCCUCAAACCGACGCAAUUCUCUGUACUGUGAUACGCUCCAUGCAGCUGAUUCGGGAAUCGAUUCGGUGCAGGCCUCCCCCUCACCAAAUGCACUGCCCUGUCCACCCGGAGCCUCAACCACCGGCUCUGCCUCACCAUCACCGGUGACAACACCUACCCUAGGAUCGCCGAAUCUCUCGAUUGGGCAUGUCCGUCGAAAAUCCAGUGCGCUACUACAUCCUGAUCAUGCCAGAUUGUUUGCCCUGCGUAUGAACCAGCAUCAUGCUGCACAAACGUCCCCUGAUGCCACGUCCCUUGAAGACGUUGCAGAAUUCCAAAAUGUCACUGUGUCGACAGCAAUACACAUGUGUACGGCCAGCUCCAGUACGACAUCGUCCCUAACCUCUGUGGCGGCGGUGAGUGUCGGUGGGACUCCGUCGGCAGCAUCGCAACGCGUCUCCGACCCCUGGCUGCAACCACAAUCGGAUCGUGAACACGAUCGACGGCGAUCGUCAACCAUGACCGCCCGGUACUCCCUAUUCGAUGCCUUGGAUCUUGAAUAUGCCUUGUUGAGGGCGGCAGCCCGUGGUUCCGUCGGACCGUAUUCGCUAAGUGAAUCAAUACACAAACUAACAUUCACCCAAUCGCUUGCGUUUCCAGCUUUAGCACGUGGUCUCGCGACGAAACGGCGUCGUUCAGCGACACAGAGCUCGUCGCGUCCCCUAAAUCCAAACGAAUCGGGCCUAAAUACCUUUGCGAAAGUCAUAACGGCCAUUGUCCUGGUUGUGGUUAGCUUUUUGGUGUUUCUUAUUGUGUAUAAAUUUGUACGGACGUGAGGGUUACUCCUGGCCCCGACAGAUUUUCCGGUUGCGUUUACAAAUACAUAUCCUGUCGUGAAUGCCACAACGAAAAAGCUAUCGGGGUUCAGGAGAGUGUUGGGUCAAAGGGAAAAUGGGUAACAAAAGGUUAAAAUUAAAGUGAAAUAUAAAAACCAAUUCAGAAUUGAUUAACAACUCAAUUAAACAAAUUUCAAUGAAUUUGUUAAUUUUUCUUCUUUUUUUUUGAUAAUCUUGUGAUAAUUAUGAUGAAAAAUAAAAGAAGUUAAUUCGAGAAGAAAACAAAAAUACAAAAUAUAAAAAAACACGCACGCGAAGUUUGACUAAAUAAUUUAAUAAUGCAAAGGAUGUACAAAAAUAACUAAAAAACAAAAUACCCAAAUACCUUUUUAAUGGAAUUUUUCUUGUGUUCCUUUUUUAAGUUAAGUUAAUUAAGUUGUCUAUUAAUGUGGAAUUAAAGGUUUUUGAAUUGAAAACUGAGAAUAAAUAGAAUAAAAAUACCACAAAUGAUACAGAAAUACGGUUCUAGAAUUUUCAAAGGGGUAAAUUUUAAAUGAAGUGUGUUUAGCCCACUGUGAAAGACAGAAAAUACAUAAAUAACCAUCCUUUGAAAUGUCCCUAAAUCUUUCAAUCUUAAAAGACCACAUCCCUAAGUGUCAAAGUGAUUUUUAUAAUGGGAAAUAUGUCAAAAUUGACCCUUUUUUAUUUCCUAAGUCUGCCUAUAUCCAAAUUUCUUUUUCUUUCACCCGUUUCUUACUUUCGUUGUUUAUAGAUUUUAUUUAUUCCGAAGGAAUUGAGAAUUAAACAAAUCAUUUUCAUAUUACUUACCGUAAAGAAAAAAAAUCACUCAAUGAAGUUAAAAAGAAGAGCGGCCAUGUUUAUAUUUAACGAAAACCACAUUUUGACAGUUGCUGUCAUUGCAAUGAAUGCAUUCAGAGAUGUGCGUGUGAAAACAUUCAAGCAUUUGAAAGGUUAAGAGAAUAUUAUUAAAAUUAAUCAAAUAAAAUAUUUUGAAACUUUCACUUUCAUUUCAUAAGUCAGGAGUCUUAUUUGUAACAUAACUUUAACUGUCAAAUUAAUUUAUCUUCCAGUUAUUACGUUAAAAUUCGAAAAUUAGUUUCUCUUGUCUGUCCAGUCCCAAAAAGGAAUCAUAUCAUAAAAGAUUGUGAAACUAAGUUAAUGUUUAAUAUCAGAAAAUUUUGCCCCAAUUAUUCUGAUAUUAGAAUACACUCUUGUAAACUGGCCUUAAGAAAAUGUUUAAAAGUUGAUUAUAGAUUCUUUCUUUUUAAAUGAACUAUACUUUUCCAUUCGGAUGUUUAAUUGAGAGGAUUCGACAGAAUGUAACAUUCUGUUAAAAAUUAACACAAAAAUAAAAAGUCACUACAUUUUAAAUGAAUAAAGUGUCAUGGCACCUUUAAAAAUUAGCUUUGUUUGAUUAAGCAUUUAUAUUGAUCCCGCCCUUAUUUUGUUCUCUAAAAAGCCAAAUAUUAAUUAAAUUUCCAAUAAAAUUUAUUUAUCUGUAAAACAUAUCAACUGAUUGAAUAGUUAAUCUUAUAUAUAAACAAAAUCUUAAUGAUUUAUAAGUAAAAUAUAAAUAUAUUGUACCUUUUAUAAUAAAUACAAAAAUAUAGUUAAAAAAUAAUAAAUUAUUAUAUCCAAAAUAUUCAUUUUCUUUUUUCCCAAAAUGCUUUUUAUUUCGAAAUUAUUGUCGUAGCUAGCUCUUUUAACAAAAAAAGAAAAACAAAAACAAUGAAACUUUUGAUCAAACUUUAAUCAAAUGCGGUUUCAUUCUGUAGAUUGUGGCUGAAACUUUGAAAAAAUUAUAUACAUAUUUUAAAUAUACAUUCUAAAAACUUUUUUCAUUCUAAAUUACUUAAAAAAAAAGAAAUUAAAAAAACAUCCAAGUGCCUAUUACUAUCCUAGCUAAAGAAAAAAGAAA